AUGGAAGCUGUCUCCAACAAUGAUCUUUGGUUAACUAACAACAAUGAUGGAAUUGGUUCAUAUAAUGAUCUCUAUGUGCUACACCGAUCACCUCUUUUAGUUGAUUUGCUUAAAGUAAGGGCACCACCCAUCAAUUUCACGGUUAUUUGCCAUCAUCAAGAAGCAACAAGAAAGGAUGUGGAGCGAGCAUUUAGGGUGUUGCAAGCUCGAUUUGCAAUAAUUAGAAAGCCUUCACUUUCUUGCGAUGAAGAAAAACUUUUUGAUAUAAUUACUUCUUGUAUCAUUAUGCAUAACAUGAUAGUGGAAGAUGAAAGAGAUACGUGUACACACUAUGCUAAUGGUAGAGAGUUCAUGAGAGAUCGCCCACAAGGUCAAUCUAAAGGUACAAGUGGAUUAAAUGAUGAGUUCGAGUGUUACAUAGAAAAAAUUGUUGAUAUCAAUCAAUACUUGGCUAAUAAGGAUGAUGUUGAAGAUCGACAAACACAUUUAUCCUUAAAAGAUGACUUGGUUGAAAAUAUCUGGCAAAAGUUUGGAAGGAAUCACAGUUAA